AUGGACACAAAACUACAGCAGAUCUCGGGGAGUAUGUCCAGUAUUAUCGGGAUCGAAACCAGUCCUCUCCUGGCAGAAAGCAACACUGAUGAAGCCAAGAGAGUCCGGGACGAGGCUAAGAGCACCUUACAGCAGAAAUAUCCGACUCUCGUUGACAUGGCUACCAUCAACAUACUGAAAGUCUUUGGAGCUAUGAGAGAGGCACGACUGGAGAUUGCCGAAUUAUGCAUUUCAAUAUCUUUUCCUCUUGUCAUUCUACAAUGCCGCUCCUUAACGAAUCUUCUGGCAUCUCUAUCUGCAUUCGAUGAUCAUGGAAAAGUACCCGAAAUGACUUGGCAUUCACGGAAUCUAUCUAUUCUGGGCAACUUGGAAAAUGGAUUUAGCUACUCGUGGAGAUAUGAAUGGACUGUUGUAUUCGAACGCUGGAGGAAUGAAGUAAAGGAUUAUCAGUGGCUUAGCGACAAGAUUGGCGACUUGAAGAGCAACGUUGCCCACAUUCGGUCUAUUUACCUCUCUGUCAAAGAGGCGUUUGUGCAGAUUGACAGGAUGGCUGGGACGUCUCUGGUGGACUUAUUGUCAGACAUCCAAGUCGCCUUUGACAUGUUCGAGCUUAACAUGGCGGAAUGUGCGGCGAAGGCCGACGAAUUGCGUGUCGAACAAGAACGUCCCAAACACCUCUCACCAUUCGUCAAUUCUUCUAGCGCUCAAUCAUGGUCGAGCGGUUCUAACAUUCCAUCUGGUGGCAUUAUCCAAAGGACCUCAUUCGGGAGAGAUGCUAACACUACUACGGUCCACGUGGAGAACGGUUCUACCAAGCCCAAGGAGAGACGAUUGACGAAGCUACGACAGCGCUUUAGCAUCAGCCCUGACGCACGCGAAAAUCAUUGGACAAGCCUCUUUGGGCUUACCAAAUCACCCGUUGUUCUGAUCCUUGCUGCCGCAAUGCCACCAACCAUCUACUCCACCAUCCUCUGCGGAUCUCCCGACUCACUACCUGCAUUAGACAGCAACUUUUACUCAACGCUCAGUCAGUUUAUCUCGUCACUCGCAGGACUGUACGUCAUCGUGAAACCACUAUUCAACAAGAACAAGAAGGAUGAGAUCAAGACGAGCUUUCCCAAGACGUUCUACACGAUGCUCACAUUGUCAUUGCUGACGAGUCUCACGAGCGCUGUCACAUAUGCUUGGAGUCCAGCGGCUAGUAUUCCGCUCGCCUACGUAUCUGGGUUGACGCUUAAUAUUGCGACGCUCCUAAUCAUUCAGGACUCGGGGAAUCAGAUCAAAGAGACUAAUAGAUACAAUGAGGGCUUGCCGGAGUUUGACAUUCCUCCCCGGACAACACUACAAUUCAUCAACAACACCGAUAGUCCUGCAUGGCAGACCGAGAAGAAAGCAGUCCUGCCGUCGAGGCAAACGGCUCAGAUGAAGGACCUCCGUCAAAAAGACAAAGAGGCUUCAUCGCCAGACAGCAAUGAAGCCUCUCUCGGCAUGAUCGUCAACAUCCUCCGUCGCAUAGAAGGUAAAAUCGACGACUCAAAACCUCACGACUCAAAUCCCACAGAACAUCGCUCCAUCGCCACCGCACUGCGACCUUUCAACCCCAGAUCUCCCGCAAACUCAAGCGAAGUCCUCGGCGUCCCAUCUUUUCUCCGCCACGAAACGAUCGACUCACCAGCAGCGCCAAAUGAUCCCAAUCCCGCUAUCUCCUUCAGCGCGCAUCAAGUCCUCUUCUGGCCUGCCAUCCAGUCCGCACUCCCUGAAUCUGUGAAGUUAAUGUGUCAGAUGCAAGGCGGUACAUACUCGACACGCCUUGAAGCUUCACGGCCAAAACUUCCGCACGCUGCGUCUGUGGAUAUUUCAUCGGAUUGGCUUUCGAAAUUGAGUAUUGCGACGUUAAAGCAGUUAUCUGAUGUUUACUUUACGACAUUUAAUCUAGCGAAUCCGAUAUUGGAUCAGAAGACGUAUUUUCAACGAACCCUUGGUGUUGCCAUUGAUGGGAACUUUGGGAUUUGUAUUGAGAGCUGUAUAGUUCUUGUUGUUAUGGCUCUGGGAUCGAUGGGACAGAAGGCGCUACAAGAAGCUGGGUUUGCUGGGACGCCGGCGUCAAGUCCUUACGUUGGACAAGAUGGGGGGAUGCCAGGAUUGGACUUUUUUAAUGAGGCGAGGAAACGGUUUGGCUUUUUGAUGUGCGAGCAGGACUUACAAGCCUGCCAGUUUUACCUUCUUUCAGGAUUGUUCUACGCCGAGGCUUUGAGGCCCAUCGACUGGUGGGCCAUGCUCAGCAAAGCAAGCGCAUGCAGCGCAUACUUCUGGAACAACUUAUCAAGAGAUCGGGAUGAAUGGAUGCUAGACAUGCAAUCCCGCCUGUUCUGGAUAACAAGUAUGUUUGAAGCCGUCCUAUCCCAAGAACUCAACCUUCCACCGAGCAACUCCCUGCAUCUCGAGGAACACAUCGCUCUACCAAAGUUCAUCUCCGCUCAAGACAUUGCCUCGUUUGGAUCGUUUCGAUAUCCAGGUGAUGAUCCGUUCUUUCAUUAUCACUUUUUAUCGCAGCUUGCGCACCGACUUAUUUUGACGAGAGCGAGGAAUAGUUUGUUUCAUUUUAAUCCUACGUCGGAUUAUCCACCUGAGCCGGUUGAGGAUGAACUGAUUCGGCAGUUGGAGCAAUGGCGGGAACGGUUACCUCCUAUGCUUCAGUUUGAUCCGAAAUCGCCUUUGACGCAGGCUGAGUCUCCCUCUGAUGCACUUGUGACAGCCUGGCUACAUGCUCGGUAUUUUGUCGCGAGAUAUCACAUCGGCCGACCUCUGCUCCACCGAGCCCUGGAAAGACCAGCAUCGCUCACCGAAGGACAUCUCCGGAAAUGUCGUGACGCUAUAAGCGCUGUUCUCGCCUGGGCCUCCGUAAUCCAAGUCACCGACACAAUGAGGAGCUGUAAUCCUCUCAAAUUCUUCGUUUGCAGCCAAAUAUUCGGCCAAAUAUGCGUCAUAUACGCUCUCAGCGUCUCACCAUACCCAUACAUCCGCGACAUCGUAUCAGACAUAAACAAAAAAUGGACAACCUUCGCCUUAGGCUAUCUCGAAGCUGGUGCAUUUUACAGCCCGGCAAUAGAGCAGGACUUUAAAAUAGCAAAGAUUCUUUGCGAGGAUAUAGGAAAGAUAUGA